AUGUCACCGCCCUUGCCCGCCUCGAGACGUACCUCACCCCCCGCAUCGGUGAGGUCAAAUGCGCCGCCGACCCCCGGCCAUGAAGACCCAACGAGCUCUUCGCCUACCCGCGACGAGGUGACCCCCAAGAGCCUCUCGCAGACGGGGCGUUCCAAAACAGCGCCCCUGGACCUCAAUCACCUGUGGAUCCCGUCAGUCGAUCAGCCACAAUUGUCCGAGCGCGACAGCAUCUUUGCGACUACAUACCUGCCAUCUGAUAGCCCCACGCCGUCUCCGCGCACGCUCGCACGCACAGCACACACGAACAACAAUGCUUCUGACGAAGACCGCUCAGAUGUGGCAGGCAACGAGCCGGUGCCGCGAUCAUUGACAACUACUACAAUUGGCCGCCAGCACCAAGCACAGCAACAGCGAUCUACACUAAAAGAACACCAGGGCCUACUUUCUGUGGGCUUCAAUUCGAGCAAGAAACGCAGAUCAGACAUGACUUCCAAUGGCGCGGGUGAAAGCCCACCACCCUUUAUGAGUCCGGUCGACUCUCCCGUACAUCGGCCUGCCACCCCUCCCGGUGCUGUUCAGACCACGACCUCGUUGGACGACACGUUAGCUGAACCAGAGUAUACUGCGGAGCGUCUCAAGAAUAGGAUGUGGCGUGUGGGCAAUGCUGAAGCCUAUCUCCCCCAUGGAGGACAUGGCGCACAACGAAGAGAAGGCCAUGUCGAUAAGAAGAUUGAGGCUACCUUAGCGAAGACAGAGGUGCCAGCAGCUGCACGAAGCCGGAAAGCGAGCCACUACUUGCGAGUUUUCAAGGAGAAUGAUGCUGCAGAAGAGCAGAAGAAGCGCGAAUUCCGCGGGAAGGACCGACGUCCAGUCGAAAAACUCCUCAAAAGUCUUCAGGAGGAGGAUGUAACACGGACGUCCCCAAGUGCAUUGACAGAGCAGAUACAGAGAGCGUCUCGUGCUUCCUCUGCAGCUCAAUCACCUUAUGAUGGCCCUACAAAUUCGUACUUCGAACCCGCCGCCUAUGCCAGCCACAAUGACGGAAGUAUUCAAUUCAGCGUCGAUGGAGCAGGACAGGCACAGGAGCUACCCGCGCGGCUGCUUGAAGAGAUCAGAACUUUUCACAACCUUACUCCGGGUGGCCCACGUGGAUCGUCAUUCUCGAAGAGUCUCCCAACCGCUGCAGCUGACAAACUCCGUGCCCACGUAGCCAAAGCUCGUACACCUCACAUACGCGAGGUUUCGGACUAUUUCCAGACCUCGAAAGAGGGAAGCCCAGAGCGGUCGCCUGGCUCAGAGGAAGACGAAUCCGAGAAAGAACACAUUUCAUCAGCACUCUACUUUCCGCAUCGGCAACUCAAGUCGCCUGAGCCUAUUCCAGAAGAAGAGGAGACACGGAGAGUGGAAGUAGAAUCCGCUCGGAGGCUAAGCACUGUCAAUGCAGGCAAAGGACCCAAGGGAUGGGCCAAGGAGGAGGCUGUAAAGACGCCACAAGAGGUAGAAAUCUCUUUACAGUCACAAGAUACAAAUCAAUGCCUGCAUGGUGACAUCCCAACGACUUCUUCUCUUCGGCAGGAUGACAGCACCUCGCUGGCUUCCCCAGCCACUGACACGACUACCUCGGCUGAGUCCGAGUACGAUUCGCUAGCGGAAUCGUCUCAUUCACUUAAUGACUAUGAUUCUAGUGCGACUGAUGAUCUAGGCACCACUCCCACCGCAACACCGCGUAAGCAUAAGGAAAAGCCCGUCGCACCCGCUCAGCCACCUGCGCCACUUGGCGCGGUGGAAUUAAAACCAUUUAACCACCAAGUCGGCGGUCACACGACGGUAUAUCGUUUCUCCAGGCGAGCCGUGUGUAAGCAACUCAAUAACCGAGAAAAUGAAUUUUAUGAGACGGUUGAGCGGCGGCAUCCGGAGCUACUAGAGUUCCUUCCAAGGUACAUCGGUGUUCUCAAUGUGACAUAUCGCAAAGCACCCAAACGAAAGAAGACCAAAGACAACAAGACCAAGGAGGAUGCGGUCACCCAAACGAGCCAUGAUGCAUCAGCGAGGCAGGGUUCCGAGGCUCAUGAUUAUAGCAAGCCCAAGGAAGAUCAGCCCAGGAUUGUCAGUCAUUCUCAGCGAACAACAGCGGUUCCUCAGGUGAUUUUCGAGAAUAAUCGCCACAUCAUCCCCGAUAAUCUUUUCCGCUUGCCACCACGACGCUCUGCCACACCUGACCCUUGGACCGGCAACUCAUAUUCGCAAUAUCAUCGGAGAAACCAAAGUGACAUUGGCUUCUCCGCGGUAGAUGAGAGCCCCAAUCGGCCUCCCCUACGACAGCAGAGCAGCUGGGGCGUCACCACCAUCAAUAGAAAGCUUCAAGAAGAGGUCCUGCGACAAGUUUUUGCACCGCCUCCGAUCCAUCAUCGUAAUCGCCAUCAUCACAACAGUCUGCCUCAUCGAUCAAGAGUAGAUCCAUCACGCAGCUUAAUCAACUCGGUACCUUCUCUGCGCAGUAACAGCGCUGACCUAUCGGAGAUGGCUAUGCACGAGGAGUCGACGCGCAAACAGGUUCUGAAAGCAGAAGCCCAUCGCCAGAUGACAAGAUCAACUGGUGGCAGUCUGCCUCGCGACUCUACUUAUACAUCACAGGACCUUCUUGAGACACCUCCGACAUCAUCAAGCUCACGCCGUCGCCAUUCGGGAGGCGGCCUUACACGUAGGCCUUGCGGGGUGGACACCAACCGCAGAGCGCCUUUGGAGUAUUAUGAAGAAGACGGGUAUGGUGGCGAUGGGGAAGAGGAGGUCUUUGCUAUGGACGAAGACGCUCGGGUGCAACAAAACAUGCUCACGCAUGACCAAAUGCGCAACGGUCAUACCGCGCUGAUCCAGGGUACUGCCCCAGAAGGCACAAUGCUACCAGCUCCGGUAUCGUCGGAGGAAAGGACUCCGGCUGCGCACGAAGAAACUCCUUCGAAUCCGAAAGAGGCCCAAUUGCAACUGCAACCUGAUGAGCGCGUUCAACAUUUCUUGCUACUUGAAGAUCUUACGGCCGGUAUGACGAAGCCAUGUGUUCUAGACUUGAAGAUGGGUACGCGGCAGUACGGAAUCGAAGCCGAUGAGAAGAAGCAACGUUCGCAACGACGCAAGUGCCAAAUGACCACCAGUCGAGAACUAGGCGUGAGAGUAUGCGGCAUGCAGAUAUGGAACGUCAAGACCCAAAGCUACGUGUUCGAGGACAAAUACUACGGACGCGACUUGAAGGCCGGCAGAGAGUUCCAGGAUGCCCUCAAGCGCUUUUUCUGGGAUGGCACCGGCUACGACGCGGCGUUGAAGCAGAUCCCCAUCAUCCUGGAGAAGAUCAGCGCCCUCGAGAGGAUCAUCCGCGGGCUCCCUGGAUAUCGCUUCUACGCGAGCAGUCUGCUCAUGCUGUACGACCGUGGCGAAGGCGAGAAAGACAAAGAGCCCUUGCAAUUGCCGAACGCGCUCUCCAGCUCAAGCAACGAGGACGUCUCGCUAUCUCCAAACGCGGCGCCACCUGCCAUCGCGUCGAAGAGCGCAUCAGACAUCAAACUCAAGAUCGUCGACUUCGCAAACUGCGUCACCGCCGAAGACUCGCUUCCUGAUAGCGUGCCCUGUCCACCACACGACCCGCAGGGCGUGGACAGAGGGUACCUCCGUGGGCUGCGCUCGCUGCGGCUGUAUUUCCAGCGCAUAUGGCGCGACGUUAAUGAGAAGGAUUGGGUGGAGCGCGGCGAGGGCGAGGGCAUGGCGCGGGAUAAUCAUCAUCCCGGGGCGGGGAUGGGUGUUUCUGGGGAGGGUGGUUGGAUGAGGCGGUCAAUAAUGAUACGGGGUAUGUUAGCUUUUGAGUAA